UGCAGUGCGAGCUCUCUUGUAACCAUGGCCAUGAUGCUCUCCUCCCUCGCCGCGCCUGCCCUGCUCGCGCCGGUCGCUCCGAUCGCCCGCGCGCCCGCCGCUGCGUCGGCAAAGAUGGCGCUCGUCGAUUCGAUGGAGGGCGUCGGCGAGGAGACUGGCGGCCAGAUCUGGGACCCGCUGGGCAUCUCCGAGGCGGUCUCGGACGAGGCGGUCAUGUGGUUCCGCGCGUCCGAGCUGAAGCACGGCCGCGUCGCCAUGCUUGCGUCGGUCGGCUACCUGGUGGGCGCCGCCAAAAUCUCUUUCCCGGGCGAGCUCGCAAAGGGCGUCACCUUUGCGUCUGUGGCUGCCAACGGCCCGUACCAGGCGUGGGACGCGGUGCCGCAGGCGGGGAAGCUGCAGAUCCUCUCCAUCAUCCUGGCGCUCGAGUGGGCGACGGAGGCGAAGAAGCCCCACUACAUGCGCGGCGGCGUGCCGGGCAAGAUUGAGCAGCUGCCCUUUGACGGCAUCCAGGGCCUGUGGGCCCCCAAGAUCAAGUUCUGGGAUCCGCUCAACUUCACCGGCGCCCUCUCGGCGGAGCAGAAGGCGCGCAAGCGCAAGGCGGAGCUCAAGAACGGCCGCCUCGCCAUGAUUGGCAUCAUCUCCUUCAUCACGGGCCACAACCUGCCCGGCUCCGUCCCCGCGCUGGACUCGUCCUUCUAGGCUGCCUCACCACCGUCUCGCUUGGCUGCCCCCUCGCCCUUGUGUCGCCGCGGCGCCCUCUGGUCUGUACGGGCAGCCCCAAAACAUAAUCAGUGAUUUUGCCCCUGUUGUUUUUGUGUGUAGACAUUUUACACACCCCUCUCCAAAG